UGGUUCCCCUGGGCCCCGCUCACAAAUUCACCGUUUAUAGGUGUACUUCGGAACCUCACACAGUGGGGCCAGACCGGGAGCUUGGGCACAACCAGACGGGCGAAAACAGAUACUGGCCGGGAUCGCAGAAACACGAGCAGGAGAAAGCUGGCCUGAGACCCGGACGGCCUCGCGGUCCCGCUUAGCGGGUUAGGUGCAAGACUGUUACCAGCAGUGCACGAAGAUGCGCUGGUGCCCAGGAGCGUUAGCAAACUGGCCAGUGCAGACGCCUGCGCACCACGCUGGUAGAGCGUUUCGGAGUUCGUAGAAGAGGCAGCGGCGGCUCCCAGAUGAACGACCGGAAGGAAGACAUGGAAAUCGCCUCCCACUACCGGCACCUGCUGCGGGAGCUUGACGAACAGCGGCAGCACGGCGUCCUGUGUGACGUGUGUGUGGUCGUCGAGGGCAAGGUGUUCAAGGCCCACAAGAACGUCCUGCUCGGCAGCAGCCGCUACUUCAAGACCCUCUACUGCCAGGUGCAGAAGACGUCUGAGCAGGCCACGGUCACCCACCUGGACAUUGUCACGGCCCAGGGCUUCAAGGCCAUCAUCGACUUCAUGUACUCUGCCCACCUGGCGCUCACCAGCAGGAACGUCAUCGAAGUGAUGUCUGCCGCCAGCUUCCUGCAGAUGACGGACAUCGUGCAAGCAUGCCACGACUUCAUCAAGGCCGCGCUGGACAUCAACAUCAAGGCGGACGCCGCAGACGGGCUCCCCGAGCUCGAGGUGGGGGCCCCGGCCAGCGGCAGCACGGAGGCCCUGCUCUCGGCUGUGAUGGCCGGAAGGAGCAUCUCCCCGUGGCUGGCGCGGCGAGCGAGUCCCACCAACUCCUCCGGGGACUCAGCCAUUGCCAGCUGCCAUGAGGGAGGAAGCGCCUACAGCAGGGAGGAGCAGGAGCCCAAGGACGGCCCCGGGGAUGCCUCCCCGCAGCCCCUGUGGCCCGGGGACGGGGCCUGCGGGGCACUGCACAUCAAGGAGGAGCAGGUCUCACCGUCCCACUACGGAGGGAGCGAGCCGCCUUCUGCCAAGGACGGGGCAGCCCAGGGCACUUUUCCUGAGCAGGGCGCGGGGGCCGGCUGGCAGCCCACGGGCCGGAGGAAGAACCGGAAGAACAAGGAGACCGUCCGGCACAUCACGCAGCGGGCGGGGGCGGGCAGCCGGGCCAGCUCCCCAGUGCCGUCCUUCCUCCCCACGUCGGCGUGGCCGUUCAGUGGCCGCGACUCAAGUGCAGACCUGACUGUCACCGAGGCCAGCAGCUCGGACGGCCGUGGGGAGAGGGCCGAGCAGUUUGCACACGUGGAUGAGGGUCUCCUGGGAGGAGAAGCCAGCUGCCUGGGCCCACCCCUCACCCCCGAGAAGGACGAGGCACUGCACCAGGCCACCGCCGUGGCCAGCCUGCGGGCGGCACUAAUGAGCAAGAACAGCCUGCUGUCUCUCAAGGCCGACGUGCUUGGGGAUGACGGAGCCCUGCUGUUCGAGUACUUGCCCAAAGGUGCCCACUCGCUGUCCUGGCCCGAGUCACUCGUGGGGACAUUGACUGCAGCGUGGAAGCCCCUCCCCUGCCUUGCCCCUCAGCACAGGACGGUCCCUGGCUAUCUGCCUGGCCCAGGAGCUGGUGCGGCCUCCCCAGCCCAGAUCGACGCCUCUUCUGGCCUGGAUGCCCGGGCUGUGCCCUCUGAGCUGGCUUGAGGCAGCAGCUGGGCAGAUGUCUGCAGGGCCACAGCCUGUCCAGGAUGCCCGAGGACCCUCCUCCUAGCACCCCGUGGCCAGCGUCGCUCCUGUGGGCCCGAGUGGCCUUGCCCAGAGCUCCGUGGGCAUGGAGCUUCACCCUGGACAUAAGGAGCCCACGAAGAGAACGUCCACGGAGACAGACCGCCCACUGGUGGUGCCUUCAAGCCUCGUGUGCCUGGACUCUGCAGCCAGGGUGUUGGUGCCCAGGGCCAGGUGGUUGUCCGGUGAGGCCUGCCUGGGCACGAGGACUCGCAAGUGUAGAAGUGGACAAGGACGUGGAUGCAGAGCCAUGUCAGGGGCAGCGUGUGGGGAGCGGGCCUGGGGUCCACAGGUGCAUGGCAACGGCCACCUCACAGCCCAGAUGGUGGCAUCUCAGUGGGCAGGGGGUGGACACGCCUCCAGCUUUGAGGCCACCGGGGUCUCUGUGGCCGGGAUCCCUGGCAUGGCCGAUUUGUGGAACUGAAAUGGAGGAAGAACGUGAGUGGGAGCAGGCUGCUGCUGACGCCCAGGUACCUGAGCAGUCACUUUCUAGAAGGGUCUGAGGACAGUGUCCAGCCGGGAUGUUCCCGCACACAUGCGUCAUUCCAGAGGCUGACACAGUCACCAGGAACUGCUGCUUCCAGACACGCCUGCUGUCACGCCCCGGGGCUCAGUUCAGAGCCGCUGCCAGAGCAGGCUGUGGACGUGCUGGGCGAGGGACCCAGGCAGGCGCUCCGCCUCUGCAGGGCAGCAGGUGGGCUGAGGAAGGGAGCGGGUUCUGGAAGGACCAGACGGACCAUCUGGCGGAGCAGGCAGGUGUCUGGGGGCUCCUUCCAGAGAGGAAGCCCCUUCCCCACCACCAGACAGGCAGCCCCCGUCCUGCCCGCCCCAGGCACCAAGUCCCACGGCCACGAGGUGAGCUUCUGAAGGUGGAGGGAGGCGGGUUCUCGCUGAGGCUCAUGUGUGGCGCUCCACUGGUGCCCGCGUGAGCUCAGACAGCCGGGCACCACACCGUCAGGGGCACUGGGUCCUGUGAAAGCCUCUUGGAACCUGAAUGUCAUUUCUAGAAAAGGAAGCUUUUCUCUCUUCUGUUGGUCACAAUGGGAUCUUUCAGGUCACAGGGACAUGCCCGCCUCGGCACCGACGAGGACGUGCACUCGGUGGUCUCACUGGGCCAUCCGGCAUGCAGGUCUGCACUCAGGGCACUGUCACGGGCAGGCGAGGCGACACCAGAGGCUGCCUGGCUGCGUUCCUUCAUUUCCAGGGUAGACAGAGGGCCACUGGGUGGGCACCUGGUGCCCGGAGACUUGCAAGGACACUGGUAGUUUUUCAGUGCUAUUGCGUGAAAGGAUUUGGCUGAUAUUUUUUAAAACAACUAAAAAAUUUUGACAGGCUCCAUGGGCCCUGCGAGAAUAGUUAGUGGUGGGUGGUGAGAUGGUGAGGGGUGGGAAGACAUUCUCCGAGUAGAUAGCUGUCUGACCCGGCCACGGGGGCGUGAGCAGUGGGGGCCCUGCUUCAUAGGGGCCCAGGCCCGGGUCCUGGACCAGCCCGAACAGGUUGAUGGGGUGGUACGCACCAGUAGUCCGAGCUAGCCAGGAGGCUCAAGGCCUGGCAAGACUCAGAAAUACCGGUCUUGGGCUAGCUGGCGGCGGGGAGGUUCAGGCAGCUGAGCGCCUUGAGUCCUGGGUGCCACAGCCUGGCAAACGUGCUGGGAGCACGUGCACACAGGCUCAAAAUCUGGAUGGGAGAAUGGAGGAGAAGGGGGUGUGGCACGACGGAACUCCUGGGGGCGAUGUCUCGCUCCCUUUCUCUCCUGUCUUUCUCUUUGACCCGGUGUCACUGGGAUAGCCGUGUUGGUGCAGUGCCGAGGCCAAGUGGAAAGUUUCAGGCCACACCUUGGUGCCCAGUGCACACGGUGUGCUGACGGUGCGGCCUGGGCUGGCAGAGGCUGGUGGUGGGACCAGGGAGAACCUGCUGGGGGUCUUUCUCUUUCUGUCUCUUCUCCUGGAAGAAAUAAACGAAAAUAAAAUUUAUUUAUUUAAAUAA